AGGACAGAACAGGAUCUUUACGUUCGACUCAUUGACUCCAUGACCAAACAGGCGAUCCUGUACGAAGGUCAGGACAAGAACCCGGAGAUGUGCCGCGUCCUCCUCACCCACGAGAUCAUGUGCAGUCGCUGUUGUGACAAGAAAAGCUGCGGAAAUCGCAACGAGACGCCGUCUGACCCCGUCAUCAUCGACAGGCUCGACUGUGUGAACUGUAAUCAACACCACAUGGAAAACAACGUGUACAAGCACGCACUCAGACGUGCUCGUCGUCCUCUAACUUCCCUCAUGUCAGGUUUUAUAAACUGGAUUUAAUGUGACACAGAUUUCCCUCCUGUUCUGGACGUCGUUCACCAGCUCAGGAAUCUUUAGACUUUCUGUGCCCCUGGUUUUCCUCAAAGGCUCAGUUCCCUCCCCUCUCUGACAGUCGAGAAAGAGCCUGCAGACGAAGCUCAGGACUAAAGUUUCCCAUCACAUCAACCUCUUGAAGAGAGGAGAGGAAAAACAUCCAGGUCAUUGAAAAACUAAU